CGGGAGCCUCGAGACGGGGGUCGAUGCAGACGGGGGGCAGCCAGAGCGCCCGACCUUGCAGGCUCCUGCAGGGAUCUCGCAGGAUUUUCUGUGCAGGCCUGCUGGGUGACCCGGGUCUGGAUUGCCCUGGGUCAGCAGAUCGACUAGACCCGAGCAGAUCCCCGAGCCUCGCGCCCGCAGAGCCAUGGCGGCGGCAGCGCAGGUGGCCUCUGAGGCCGCCGCGGGCGCCGACGCUCCCCGCGCUGCCUCCUGCGGGCUCCCCGGCGCGGCCGCGGACGCCGCCGCCCGAGGCUCGUGCACGCCCUCUGCAGAGGCCGCCGAGGACGCAGCGUCCGCCCCCUCCACCGAGCUCGGCAGCGACUGCGCCUCCGAGUGCGGCGACGACGUCUGCGACGAGAGCUGCCGCCCGGUUCCCCCGGAGAGCACGAUGCUGAUCUUCGACUGGGACGACACCGUGCUGCCAUCCACCUGGAUCCACGAGCAGGGCCUCUCGCUCGCCGACGACAGCUGGCCCACCGCGGAGCAGCAGGGGCUGCUGGACCGCCUUGCGGAUCGGGCGGCGCACACGCUGGGCGUGGCGAAGCAGUACGGGGUCGUCACGCUCGUGACGAACGCCGAGGCCGGAUGGAUCGAGCUCAGUUGCCAGAAGUUCAUGCCCUCUCUCUGGCCCUCGCUCGUCGACGUGAAGCUCUUCUCCGCGCGCUCGACGUACGAGUGCCAGGGUGUGGCCUCUCCGUUCGAG